AUUCGAGUAUAUUUCACCUGUGGAAGUUCUUGGAAAGCAGGUGUUGUUAAAAUGAGCAAGUGUUUUCGAAUAUAACGAACGGAAUAAAAUUAAUUCGUUUCUAUCACAUGGUGAUAACAUUAAUCGAAGAAAUGUCGUCUAUGGACAAUCCGCAAAACCCCAAUGAGACUCCCAACUUGAUUGCUCCUCAAACGCCGGUUUUGAGUGUGGCAUGUCGCAUUUUAAGAUCCCCGAGCCAUGAGAGUGUCACCACUGAUCUUUCCCUAUUUUCUGUGAGUUCUGUUGAUUCAACUGGAGGCAGACGAUUGCUGAACUUUUCCAAAUGUGAUAGAGGCCACAGUCCUAAUCCGGACAGUAGAAGCCAAAGUAGACCGGCCGAUAUACCGGAAAUCCUUUGGUUUGAGGAGGAGACAGAGCUGAUACGUAGUUGUGCAGCCUUGUCCUCAGCUGUUGGCCUUCAAAAGAGCUUCAGCACCAGCGAUAUCAGUCAGCUACCGUCUCCUGAUGAAGGUCCAACUUUGCAAGGGCUUCGAAACGCUGUGUCUGACUUAGCUCUCAACUCGCUGCAACGAAGUGGAUUUUUAUUGGAGCAUGCCAGACUUGAUCACACAUCGAGAUCGUGUUCCACAUGGGUAGCAGUUGGUGAUAUUGCAUCAACUUCACAAUUACCGUCCCCUCAUGGAGGUCAAUCGUCCACUACCAAUGCCAACACUCAGCCUCUUGCCAGUACUCCUCCUCCUCCUGCUUUUACUCCGGCCGAUUUCAUCCGAUCAGUAAAUAAAAAAGUGCGCCAGAAUUAUAUAAGAAGACGAUUACUAACCACCUACAAAGCCUUGGAGAGACUGUCCCAAAGCGAAUUUAACUUGGACCGUCUUGAAGUAACUCCUUCGACAGCCCAAGCCAGUCUGGAUCCUUGUUCGCAAAACGUAAUCGUUCCCGGUCCCACAAGACUGACAGUGCCCGGUUCAAGUCCAACACCCAGCAAGAGUCCCACCACUUCGAGUAGCACCAAUGCGGCCAUGUUAAGAGCCGCUAAAUCCAGAGCCGGCAAGAACUUACCGUUGACUAUCAGAGAUGUGGAAAGGGAGCGAGGAAAGCCACUUUCCAAGUAUGAAAGGAACAUGAUGAUAUUCAACUGGUUGCACACUCUGGAUGACACCGCUUUCGUAGAAGGAGUCCAGUAGGUUGACUUUAAGGUAUGUGAAUUGCAAUUCACGUGCACUUUAACAUCAUGAUAUUUGUUAAUGCUGUAAUAGCUAUAGGUGUUGCUAUAAGUUGAUGAAUAAUUCUAACCAACCUCAAAUCAAUGGAGAUUAGCAGAA